AUGGCGCGCUGUCCGGCUCAGAUCGCCGUCCUAUCCGAGCAUCGCUCUACAACGCCUGCGAGUUUCACGCCGCGGCUGGUUCAGGCUUACCGGAGUUGCGUUGGUGUGAAUGAGGUGACGGUCAUCGUUCUCGGGAAUAAGACGGACCUUCGGGAGCGUCGCCAGGUGGAGCCGGAGGCGGCGCAGCAGUGGGCUCGAGGCGAGAAGGUGAAGCUGUGGGAGGUGAGCGUCACCGAGCGAAACUCCCUCAUCGAACCGUUCACGCAGCUCACCAGCCGACUCACGCAGCCGCAGAGCAAAUCCACCUUCCCUCUGCCCGGGCGCAAGAGCAAAGGAACGCCGUCCAACGACAUCUGAGAGCCAAAAACCCUGAAACGAGUCAGCAUCUUACUGCUUCCUGUCCUCUCUUUUUAAUGGUUUUCUGAAUGUGUUUUGGCCUGAAAUAAGAUCUGUGGUUAACACAAACUGAAGAUAUUUUGAUUCUACUAUAUAAAAUCAGUCAGUUAAUACUCCUACGCCUCCUUGAGUUUAGCGGUGUUGACGUGAAGUCAUGUGACCCUGCUGUAGUUCCUUUAUAGCCCAACACUAGCUACCUUUAGCUUAGCG